GAUGAUGGAUGAUGGAUGGAAGGAUGAACGGAUGGAUGAUGAUAGAUGAUGGAUGAGGUUUCAAGGAAGUAUGAAAGGAUGGAUCAGGAGCAGCCAGUGUGGGCAGCUGGGCGCCGAUGAGAAGGUGAAGGUGCAAACAUCAUCAUCACCAUCUUCCUCAGAAGCUCCUCCUGCUUCCAAUGAUGCUCCGCGGUAAGCAGAAGCGUGGAGAAGAACAGCGUCUGUUCUUUAAACGAGUAACACAAUAAAAAGCUCAAAAUGGACACGGAGAAGACGAGGUUUCAAUGUCAAGGCAAAGCAGCCCGGAGGAAAAGUGGCGUUCAAGGUUCAGACGGGAGCAGCUCCUCUGACACGACGACCAACAGCCUCGUUCGCCAGGGUUCAGCCGACUCCUACACCAGCCGUCCAUCAGACUCGGAUGUGUCUCUGGAGGAGGACAAGGAGGCGGUGCGAAGAGAGACAGAGCGGCAGGCUCAGGCGCAGCUCGACAAGGCUAAGACAAAACCAGUUGCGUUUGCCGUUCGCACCAACGUCAACUACAGCCCAAGUUACGAUGACGACGUCCCCGUACCUGGCAUGGCCGUCUCCUUUGAGGCUAAAGACUUCCUCCACGUCAAAGAGAAAUUCAACAACGACUGGUGGAUCGGACGUCUGGUGAAGGAGGGCUGCGAAAUCGGUUUCAUUCCCAGUCCGGUGAAGCUGGAAAACACCCGACUCCUCCAAGAACAGAGAGCGAAGCUGGGCAAGUUUCAUUCCAGUAAAUUGGGAGCAAACUCCUCCUCGAGCUUAGGUGAAGUGGUUCCUAACUCAAGAAAGUCUACUCCUCCUUCAUCAGCCAAGCAGAAGCAGAAGUCGACGGAACACAUUCCUCCAUAUGACGUUGUGCCUUCCAUGCGGCCCGUGGUUCUGGUGGGACCAUCACUGAAGGGCUACGAGGUGACCGACAUGAUGCAAAAAGCCCUGUUUGACUUUUUGAAACACCGAUUUGAGGGAAGAAUAUCCAUCACUCGCGUCACGGCGGACAUCUCUCUCGCCAAGCGCUCAGUCCUAAACAAUCCCAGCAAGCACGCUAUCAUCGAACGCUCCAACACACGCUCCAACUUGGCCGAAGUCCAGAGCGAAAUCGAGCGCAUUUUCGAGCUGGCUCGGACGCUGCAGCUGGUGAUUCUGGAUGCCGACACCAUUAAUCACCCGUCACAGCUGGGCAAGACGUCCCUCGCCCCCAUUAUAGUCUACGUCAAGAUCACCUCUCCCAAGGUGCUGCAGAGACUCAUCAAGUCGCGAGGAAAGUCUCAGGCCAAACACCUCAACGUCCAGAUGGUGGCAGCAGACAAGCUGGCCCAGUGCCCACCCGAGAUGUUCGACAUCAUCCUGGACGAGAACCAGCUGGAAGACGCGUGCGAGCACAUGGCCGACUACCUUGAGGCCUACUGGAAGAGCACCCACCCAACCAGCUGCGACUCCCCUGACCCCCUGCUGACCAGGCUGCCGACGGCCCCCCUGCCCUCCUCCAGCACGCAGGGUGGCGCUGCAGAGCACAGAGGAGAGAAAGCCUUCUCCAGAGAGGACCAGGAUGACGGCGACGGGGAGGCCGAGGAUGACGACAACCAGGAGGAGAGGCCACUGAGGACGGAGUCAUCCAGGAGAGGGCAGCACAUCCACCAUCGCUCUGCUUCAAGCAAGACCGAGCAGAACAAUCACCACCAUCAUCACCACCGUCACCACCACAGCAGCAGCAGCCGGGCCAGGGGGCUCGCCCGCCAGGAGACUUUGGACUCGGAGACUCCAGACAGCCGAGAGAGCAAGGACGCCGCUCACGAGGAGCCUCGCACUCAGCUCCUCCAACAUCAGGAGGAGGACAAGGAUUUAGGGGAGGGACAGCCGCACCGGGACCACAAUCACCAUCACCACCACCACCACCAUCAUCACCACCGUGGGGGCGGGCAGGACGAGGGAGGCCACCAUCGCUCCAAGGAGCGCGAACAGGACCACAAUGAACGAAACAAACAGCGCACUCACCACCACCACCAUCACCACCACCGGCCCACGAGGGACCACCACCACCAUAACUACUACGACCCAGAAUGAGAGGGGGUGGUGGCAGCCAAAAAGAGGGGCAAUGCAGGAGAAUGGGCCAUCCCCCAGUAGAGGACUUUAUCAUGUGCUGCUCACUUCCAAACCACACCACCUCACUUCCUUUUCUUAGUAUGUGGAUCUAUGCAUAGACGUGCUUUAUGUGUGGAUAUGCAUGAACAUUCACAAAUAUGCAUCUCUUCUUUUUGAAUGCCCUUUCUUUCACCAAGCCACUCGGUUGGAGGCUGAGGUCUUUUGGAGGUAAAGUAAGUUAAGCAUGAGAUGAGUACAAGUCUGAGAAGUUCCGAAACCAGGCAGCCUCUGCUCAUAUUCAUGUUGCAGCUAAAACCUGAAAGCAUGUGCUGCGUUGUAGACUGCUGGGAAGUAGAAUAUAUCCCCGAGCUUUCAAAAGUCAAAAAAACCAUGAGUAAGGAAUUUAUCUAGUAUAAGCAAGAAAUAUAUUUCUAUCAUUCAUGGUCCUCCAUGUGCUCCUAAGAAUUUCCAAUGCACCUUUCAGGUUGGUGUGUGUACCUUUCAAACUUCCCAGAUUUCUAGAAAGCAGCAUGAGCACAAAAUGAAAAUGAUUUGUUUACUUACACCAAUAAAAGACAACAUGGCAGAUGGUAAAGAAGCUUUCCUCCAGAGGCAAGGCAAGCUAUCCAGUAAUAUAUACCCUCUAAACUUGGAGAAGUACAUGUUUCUAUUCUUCCUGGGAGAGCUCGUGUUCUUUGAAUGGACUUUUCUAACCAACUUCAUACGUUGGAGAAUGUAGAGGAAUAUCAACUGAAUGCAAAAUCAUGGCUUCCACUCGAGUCAUCUUGUUUACAAUCCCUCAUUUUAUUUGCUUUUCUUGGACAACUGUAGAGGAAAAAGCAAGCAUUUGUAUGCUACAUUGGUAGCGCUGCAGCUUUUUAAACAGUGUACAUUAAAAAAUUUGGACGUGUGCUCUUUGAGAACA